AUUCUACACAGCCGCAGCUCCGAUUGCCAUUUUUCCUACGCACAUGAAAGGCACCGCCCCCCUCGUCCCGGUUGAACGGCGUCACAGCCGCGAUGUGUCAUUUCGACGGAUAAAUUACCGAUCGACAAAGCCGUCCCGUCUCCAGUGCUGUUCCCGAGGCUGGAUGAUGUCUGAGAAGCACCGUUAGUCCUCUCGUUUGUCUUCACCGAUGAAAACAGCUCCUCUGUGAAAUCUCACCUCGCUUGGUUUUGAAUCGGGAUGGGGAUGAUCUUUCCAACGGGCAACAUGUCUCUCAUCGCGCUGACUUUGGCGCUGCUCACCGUCGUCCUCAGCUCCUCUCCGGUCAGUGGGAACGAGGACUGUCUGUGGUACGUGGACAAAAACGGCACCUGGCACAACGGCUUCGACUGCCCUCUCAUCACAUUCUGCUGUGGGAACUGCCACCGGCGCUACUGCUGCCUGGACGCCUUCAAGAUGAUCACAGAGAGGGAGCAGAAACGCUGCAUGCUCUUCCAGUUCAGCCCCACAACUUUGGCUGGCAUCGCCUCCUCCAUCCUCCUGUUCGUGGCCGUCAUUGCCACCAUGGUCUGCUGCUUCAUGUGCUCCUGCUGUUAUCUGUACCAGAGAAGGCAGCAGAGGGGCAGGACGCCUUACGAUGCCCAGCAGAUCCCCAUGGCCAGCUACCCAGUGGAGCCCAUGUACGAUGCUUACGGUAAACCACUGGGACCCACCGAGUAUCCACACCCAGGUUAUCCAAUGGCGCCUCAGUACCCCGGCAUGCCCCCACAGUACCCGAUGAUGCAGCCCGGACCUUAUCCGCCACACCUGAUGGAUCCUGCAUACAGCCAGGCCCCUCCACCGUACUCUCCACCUCAGUAUCCUGGUCACUGAUGGGCUCGUCUGCACACAACACAAACACACACACAGACACACACACACAUGCACACACACACAGAGUGAGAAACGGCAGCAACGGAGAGAAAUGACUGUUUGGAAAGGAGAAGGCAGCAACAAUCUCUCACACACUCAGACAGACACACAGACACACACACACGCUCAAAUAAACACUACAGCUUGACUAGCAGUGGUUUGCCUGUGAAAGAGAACAGGAGGCACUUUAAGGGGGUUUUUGUUUUGUUUGUUUGUUUCUUUGCAACAUUGUCCUAUUUUUCUGGGGUAUUUACAUGAGUCUGCAACCUGAUGCCUGAUUGCUCCCAGCGGGUUUCACAGAGGGCGCCACACCAUCCCUAAAGUGAGUGGGGUAUUCGGCCAACUUCUCCGCUCCGUGCUGCCACUUCUGCUCAGACACACUCACCUCACUGACAGGGUGUCACCUGGUCACCUGAAGACGGGGGCGCUCCCUGGUCAUUUAUUAAAGGAGGGGGGAGAAAAUGGUUUACUUCCUCGCUUUUGUUAAAUUCGAUUAAAUUGUUAACUGCCUGUGGCUACAUUCCAGGUCAUCGAUCUGCAUUCUCCAAAUAUGAUUAACAAUGGGUUUUUCUUUUCUAGGAUGUGGUUUCGGGUUAAAGGUGAAAAAACAAAUUGCAUGUUUGAUUAAAAAGGUGACGUGUGUGUGUGUGGCUCAAAGGCAGUGCGACGCUGUCUUAAAUUUGUUCCAAUGGCCUCAUGGAUUAUAUGGCACUCCCUAACUCUGUGUAAGAAGCCUUUAGUCACCUGCUAGCUUCAACUCUGUCUCUUCUUUUCCAUGUCUGACUUGACUAAUUUACUCCACGGUAGUAUAUUAGAUGUACCAUUGUAAUGUAACAUCUGAACAUCAGCAUGCUACCCCCAGUCAAAGUUAUCUGUCCUCUCAUGCUUCUUUUGUGGUUUUCAAAUGAAUUCGUAAUGAGUCUUUAGAUUAAUCCCAUAACGGCAGGUGUGCCGCUUUACAGUGAAGUACAUGUUAACUGUUUAUUUCUCUUGUAACAUAUCAGGUCAGGGGAGUUGCAGGUCACGCUGCUCGAUAUAAACAGAAAUGUCCCGCCUUACAAUAAUUAACCGUGAUGGGGAAAAAAAAAAAGAGAUUAACUAUUUAAAUACAUAUUUUGUAAAUCUGUUCUUCUUCUGCUGAAUAUUUUAUGAUAUUGUAACAAGUUAUUUUAAAACAUAAUGUAUUGUUAUUGUAACAUAAGAUAUGGCGUUUUAGCAUCUUUCCAUGACGUAUUUAUUACUAUUAUUAAGGUUACCUAUUACUGUGAAUGGGUUCUCACCUUCUGGACAAGCUACGAAGCCAAAAAUAACUACUGUGGGAAAAAAUGGGUUUUGUUGACCGAUAGUUUGACAUUUUGGGGGGAAAAAUGCUAAUGUGCUGUCUUGCCUCAAGUUAGGAUGAGGAUAUGAAAACCAAUCUCAUGUCUGUUUGGUAAGUUUGUAUGUUUGCUAAGCUAGCUGUUAGCUUGAGGUUAAGCUGGUUAGCUUAAUUCAGCAACCAACAAAGAUGGACUGGAAACUGCUAGCCUGAAUCCUGGGGCAACAAUUAAACUAUUUUACAACUAUUAUAUCUUGUUUCUUUAAUCCAAGUGUUAAAAACACUUUUUGCCAUUUUCUGCGAGGUUGUGUGGUGGAAGGAUUUCUUAGCUAAGAGCGGUCGCCAGUCAAAGCUAUAUGAAAAGUCUAGCACAUAACAAUAUAACAAUGUGAAAUGGCAAAUGUUCAUUUUUACAUUUGUGUACAUUUAUGUGUUAAUAACAGUGCAUAAGUGGAUUUUGUCACUUUUUUUUGGCAGGCUAGCUGUUUCCCCCUGUUUCCAGUCUUUGUGCUAAGCUAAGCCAACUAGCUGUGGCUGGUCCACUUAGCAAUAUGUGGGUGGCAUCAGUCCUCUCCUCUGGCAUUCAAGAAAGCAGAUAAUCUAUGCUGGGUGUGUUUCCUAAAUUGUCAAACUAUUCCUUUUAAAUUUACACGUACAGGUCUGGGCUCCAGUGAGGUCAGGGUCUGUAGCCUGUAAUUACUCUGUAAUGUGCCCCUUGUAAAAUGUAUGAACUGUAAAACAUGACGUCUCAAGCAUGUGUUGUACAGUUAGCUGUCAGACUACUGGGUGACGCCUGGUUUAUUUUAUGUAGAGGUUAUUUAUCUCAAACUAAUGGCAGUGUGUCGCUGCCAAGCCAGAAAAAAGAAGGAAAGAAGAAAAGAUCAGAAUCUAGUUAUAACAAUAUAAGAUUUCAGGUUAUGAUCUGAAUUAUUUUCUUUAUAACAAGAUUAAUUGCGCAUCGUUAUAACAUUAAACAUUUCAAGUUUAAUAGUAUAUUCUUAGAACAUACUUGUUCUUAUAAUACUAAAAAUGUUGUUAUAACGUGAAUACAUAGUUUAUCUCAAACUUACGGCGGUGUAUUGUGGCCAAGCCAGAAAAAGGUUGUUAAUAAAUGUAUUUAUUAAUUAAUGACUGACUUAUAACUGGAAUCAUUCACUUCAUAACAGGAUAAUAGUAAAAUGUUAUAACAAGAAAAAUGUUUUAUUACAAUAACAUGAGCAUAUCUUGUUGUAAGGUGAAAACACUUUUAAUAAUUAAUCUUAAAAUUAUGGCAGCAUACUACUGCCAAGCCGGAAUUGAAAAAUUGAUAAACAUCGUGUUAUAAGGUUAUAAAGUUGAAUGACAUGAAUAAUAUAUUAUUAUAACGUCAGAAUUUCUUAUUAUAUCUUGAUAUAUUUGAGAUUAUAAUACGAUCAAUCGUUUAUAGUUAUUGCGUAGUCAUUUUUCUUUUUUCUGACGUGGCAGCAAUGCACACUAGGAACACAGUUGUCAUGCUGAUCAGUAAACUUUUCCUUGAGACUGAGACCUCACUGCUGUAUCCUGUCUCGCUGCAGUGAACCAGACAGGACCUGUUAGUUUACAGCAUAAAUUGUUUCCUCCGACGGCGACGUCCUUCUGUACAGCUUUGUUGAGCCUCUGUAAAGCACAAAGAGAACACUGGACUUUUCUUUGUAAGAUGCUUUCAUAUGUAGUUUGACAUAACAGUUGCUCAAUGAUGUUUUUCCUGUUUUAUUUGUGCUUCUAAACCAACUCCAUGAGUGUGUUUUAAUAAUGAAACUGACGUCAGUUGGCAAAAAUAACUUGUCUAGGUGGCUUUUUGUCUGUCGUCAUAUGGAUGGUAUGACAUUGUAAUAUAAAGUGAGUGAGAAGUUUUUAUUUCUAUUAACAUAAAAUUUAACUUUGGAAUGUAAAAUA